AGCUAGGAAGUGAGAUAGCUAGGCCUGUUCGGCGGAGGAAUACACAUCUCUAGCUGCUCUCCAUCGAAAACGCGUACAGCCAAAGCCUACACACCUACAAUUUAACUAGAGGACCUGUAUCCCGGGGACGCUCCUCGCAUAGUCUAGUGUUCGUGCAUUAUCUCAACUUGAUUCCGUAAAACAUGGCUGACCAACUAACAGAGGAGCAAAUUGCAGAGUUCAAGGAGGCUUUCUCCUUAUUCGACAAGGACGGCGAUGGCACCAUCACAACCAAAGAGCUUGGCACAGUCAUGAGGUCACUGGGCCAGAACCCUACAGAGGCCGAGCUGCAGGACAUGAUCAACGAGGUCGACGCUGACGGGAAUGGAACAAUUGAUUUCCCCGAGUUCCUCACCAUGAUGGCGAGAAAAAUGAAAGACACAGACAGCGAGGAGGAGAUCCGUGAGGCCUUCCGGGUAUUUGACAAGGACGGCAACGGCUACAUCAGCGCAGCCGAGCUCCGCCACGUCAUGACCAACCUGGGCGAGAAGUUGACGGACGAGGAGGUGGACGAGAUGAUCAGAGAAGCCGACAUCGACGGCGACGGCCAGGUGAACUACGAAGAAUUUGUACAGAUGAUGACCGCAAAGUGAAGCUUGUCCAUCCCUUCCUGCCCUCUUAGAA